AAGCUAUAUUGAACAAAGAUAUUCGAAUCUUUGAAAAAGAAAACAACCACAAUAUGAUGAAAAUUGCCAGUGUAAUCUGUUUUGCUGUAUACUUCACCAAUGUCAAUGCAGGGAUCCGAUUACUUCCGAGAUGGGAUCCAAAAUGUCCUGUCACUUAUGCAACCGAUCAAAUAGGAAUUUGUAUUCAUCGUUGUUACUCAAACGAUGAUUGCAAUUACGGAAGAAUAUGUUGUUCGAACGGAUGUGGAAGUCAAUGUGUAAAAGCACCACUUGAUGAACGAUGCCCGCCAAUAGAUCCAAGGAUGUUGGAACUCCGUCAAAGAAUAUUGUGUCUUCCUCCAUCAUGUCACAGCAAUGAUCAAUGCAAGAAUGGAGAUAUAUGUUGUUAUAAUGGUUGCCGUCAAAGAUGCAUCUCGCCACCAUUUACAGACCCACGAUGUCCUCCAGUUGAAGAGAGAGUUGGAAUCUGCUCAAAUGAAUGUAAAUCAAACAUAGACUGCACAGAAGGAUUAAUUUGCUGUUCAAAUGGAUGUGGUACUCAUUGUCAAUAUCCUCCGUUUAUUCCAUUUUGAUAAAUUUGUGUGAAAAAUUAUAAAA